GAAUAUACAGAGUUUUUGUUCAUUGUCGCCAAGCGUUGCGUAGAUUGUCCAACUUAAUUCAGCCUACAAAUCCCAGCAACCUCUUCUGUGAUUAGUCAAGGAAGUCAAAGGCAAGAGAGGAGAGACAUAUGAGCACUUGGCAGAGUGUCAGAAAGAUAAGUCAUCUAGUAAAGAGACCAGCUGUUCAAAUACUCCCUGUUGACAGUCCAGUAACACACAAGGAAGAGUGAAACACAGAACCAAACGAAGAUGGAAUCGAGUAUUGAGAAUACCGAGGAGGCCAGUGCACUUGCAGAAGCAGUUGAGAGCAACAAGUUCAAGACCACUGGGGACAUUGCGUUCUACAGGCGUCAGAAGAAGUUGCUGCCAGGAAAUUCUCCAUAUCAUGCCUUGCUGGAUACACUGGAACUGUCAGACUGUGGAGCCACAUUGCAGCUCCUUAAUGAAGAGAAUAAGGUUUCACUCUUUGUGGAGCUCUUUGCUCUUGAGGAUCAUGUGAUCAGGAUAAAAGUGAAUGAGUUAAAGCCAAUGAAGCCAAGAUAUGAAGUGCCUGAUGUUAUCCUUAAUGAGCUCCUCACCCAAAGACUCUCUAUAGUGUCUAAGGAUGGGCUUUCUGUAACACUGGCCACUGUUGAUGGAUGCUCUCAGGUACUAAUUAUAGCAAAGCCAUUUCGAAUGGACGUUCGGAAUCAGGGUGAACUGCCAAUAAGUGUGAAUUCUCUUGGCUUUUUAUACUUCGAACAUCUCCGCAAGAAGUCGCAAGAUGAAGUAAACACAAGAGGAAGCCUACUGGAAGGCAAAAGGAAACGUGAUACGAAGACCCAGAAGGAGAGUGAAGAAGAUCUAGGAUUGUGGAAGGAGCAGUUUCAUGAAUUUAUAGACACCAAAACCAAUGGCCCUACGUCCAUUGGAUUGGAUUUCUCACUGCAUGGGUUUGAGCAUGUUUAUGGAAUUCCAGAGCACACAGAAAAUCUGCGGCUAAAAACUACAAGUCAGGAAGAACCCUACAGGCUGUAUAACCUGGAUGUAUUUGCGUGCAAACUGUACAGCCGAAUUAGUGUGUAUGGUUCUGUACCUCUUCUCCUUGCACACAAACCAAAGCAAACUAUGGGGAUUUUCUGGCUGAAUGCUUCUGAGACAUUGGUGGAUAUCAGCAUGAACACAGAGAAUAAGAGUGCACUGGGCAAGACAAAGAAAUUAAAGACCGAUGUUGAAGUGUUGCCGAGAACAGAUGUUCGCUGGAUGUCUGAGAGUGGGAUAAUAGACACGUAUAUUCUGAUGGGUCCCAGUCCUUUUGAUGUUUUCAACCAGUACUCAAAGCUGACAGGUCCUCAGGCAUUUCCUCCUCUGUUUGCACUGGGCCACCACCAGUGCCGCUAUAGCUACAAGGAUGAAAAUGAUGUUAAACAAGUAGACGCUGGCUUUGAUGUGAACGACAUUCCUUACGAUGCCAUCUGGCUUGACAUUGACCACACCGAAGGGAAACGUUAUUUCACUUGGGACAGGACAAAAUUUCCCAGCCCUCGGGAAAUGCAGGAGCACCUACGAGCUAAAGAUCGGAAGCUGGUAGUUAUCAGUGACCCUCACAUCAAAGUGGAUAAGAAAUACCCAUUCUACUGCGAGGCCAAAUCCAAGAACUACUUUGUGAUGGAUAAAAAUGGUGAGGUGUACCGGGGCUCCUGCUGGCCAGGUGUGUCAGCAUAUUUAGAUUUCACGAACCCCAUUGUCCGCAACUGGUAUGCCAACAAGCACAGAUUGGACCAGUAUGAGGAUUCCACGGAUAUUCUCUUUAUGUGGAAUGACAUGAACGAGCCAACCGUGUUCGAUGGACCUGAACUCACCAUGCACAAGCAGGCACUGCACAUCGGUGGAUGGGAGCACCGGGAAGUGCACAACCUGUAUGGCUUUUAUCAGCAAUGGGCAACAGCUGAAGGUCUGAUCCGUCGAUCUGGAGGAAUAGAGAGGCCAUUUGUCUUGACUCGUUCUUUCUUUGCUGGAUCGCAGAGAUAUGGAGCAGUAUGGACAGGAGACAAUGUAGCUGAAUGGAGUUACCUUAAAAUCUCAAUCCCAAUGCUACUUAAUCUCAGUAUAACUGGCAUCUCAUUCUGUGGAGCUGAUGUUGGUGGGUUUGUGCAGAAUCCUGAGCCAGAGCUCCUUGUUCGCUGGUACCAGGCUGCUGCAUACCAACCUUUCUUCAGGAACCAUUCCCACACAGAGACAGAGCGGCGAGAGCCAUGGUUGUUUGGAGAGGACAACACUAGGAUUAUCCGGGAAACAAUUCGAGAGCGAUAUGCCCUGCUGCCAUUCUGGUACACACUCUUCUACAUGGCCCAUAUCAAGGCAGAGCCAAUCAUCAGGCCUUUAUGGGUGGAGUUUCCUGAGGAAGUCAACACAUUUGCAGUCGAUGAUGAGUACAUGAUAGGAGAAGCCUUGCUGAUACAUCCAGUGUCUGAAGCUGGGGUUACAGAAGUGAAUGUGUUCCUUCCUGGAAUGGGGGAGCUGUGGUACCAUCUCAGAACAUUACAGCGGUUUGAUGGUGAACAGACUCUGCGUGUUUCUGUAACCCUUGAUAGUGUACCCGUUUAUCAACGUGGUGGCACAAUCAUACCCAGGAAGACACAGGUGUUGAGAUCCACAAAGGCUAUGGAGAUGGUUUCCUACAUCCUAUAUGUUGCACUGAAUUUUGAGAACUCAGCCAAAGGGAAUUUGUUUCUUGAUGACGGACAUUCAUUCAACUAUCAGAGCAAGAACCAAUUUUUACUCAGGAGAUUCAGCUUUAAAGAUAAUACAUUUUCAGCAGUGUGUGCUGAUGAGAGGGGACAAUAUUGCACUGAUUGUGUGGUGGAGAGGGUCCUCGUUAUGGGAGCUGUAAGACCUACUUGUGUGACAGCACACUGCCCAGAUGGACAGGUAAAUCCAGUGUAUUUCACCUAUAAUGUGAAGAAGUCCCUUUUAAAUAUCGAAGGCCUACAAUUUAACUUAGGGUGUGACUGGAUGCUGAAGCUUCAUUACUGAAGGGUGGACAUUGAGCUAUCUGAGUGUGCCAUGGAGGAAAUAUUUUUUCACUUGAAUGUCUGAUCAGCUACUUUACUAGUAUCAAUGCUAUGGAUGAUGGUGCUGACUAGUAAUCCAGUCGCGCUGGCUAAUACUCUGUGAACAGGAUUCAAAUCCCACCACAGCAGUUGAUGGAAUUUGAAUUCAACUAAUAAACCUGGAAUAUAAAGCUAAUCUCAGUAAUGGCAACCAUGACAACUAUCAUUGAUUGUUCUAAAAACCCACCUGGUUUACUAAUGUCAUUUAGGAAAGGAAAUCUGCCCUCCCUACUUGGUCUGGUCUACAUGCGACUGCAGAUCCAAUGCUCUUUGUUAACUGCCCUGUGAACUCUGAAAUGACCUAGCAAGCCACUGAGUUCAAAGGCAAUUAGGGAUGAGCAACAAAUGCUGGCCUUGCCAGCGAUGUCCACAUCCCAUAAAAGAAUAAAGAAUGUUCCUGUAGUAGAUUGAAUCUCUCCAAAAAAUCAAUCAGUCCUGUGACAUCUGUUUUCUAAUUAUGAUUACAUGAAUUUGAAUACAAUCACAUUAUUUUUUUACCUAUUUUAAUUCAAUCUAUA